UCUUCUUCUUCUUCUUCUUCUUCUUCCCUUUUAUGAUGAGUGGCUUAAAAACUGAAGUGCAAUGAUAUUGGGAGAUGCGCCGUAGAUGGGCGCGGAUUCAGUCAGGUCGGGAACUGACCGAGUUCCGUCCGGUCUUUUCUGUGGGGCCCACCUCGAUGUAUGUGUUCUAUAUUCACGCCGUCCAUCCGUUCUCAUUUUAGGGAAUAGGGCCAAAACUGAAGGAGAUCCAAAUCUCAGGUGGACUACACUACAGGAAAAAGUGAUAAUUGACCAUUAGAAGCUUUCUGUGGGCCACAAAAGUUCUGGAUGAAGCUGAUAUUUGUGUUUUACCUUCAUCCAGGUCUUUGUAACAUUAUCAACAGGGUUGGAUGGCAAAUAAACAUUACGGUGGACCCUAGGAAAUUUUUAAUGGUGGGCGUUCAAUGAUCACUGUUUCCUGUGGUGUGUUCCACCUGAGAUUUGGAUCUGCUUCAUUUUUGGGAUUAGGGGCCAUGCCCUAAAAUAGGUGGAAAAGCGGAUGGACGGCAUGGAUAUACAAUGAAUACAUCUAGGUGGGCCCCACGGAAAAGACCUGACAGAACUUGAUCAAAGAAAUGGCUGAUGCAGUCGUUAGUGUCUUCUUGGAGAAAUUGGUUAAUGCUCUAGCAGAGGAGCAUCGAACCGUGAUUGAAUUCCAAGAGCAGUUUGAGAGGAUGAAGAGGCAGCUUCAGCUCAUGCAGAGUUUUCUCAAAGAUGCUGAUAGGAUGAAACGGAAGAACCAAACUCUUCAUACAAUAAUGAAAGACCUCAGAGAGUUGGUUUAUGAUGCUGAAGAUAUAUUGGCAGAUUGCCAAACUCGACUCAACGAGGAGACUGAGAUCGCAGGGAGCUGUUUGAUCUGCUUCUCUCCUACAGAAAUUCCGUUCCUCUCGCAAACAGGAAAGCGAUUGAAGGAAAUCAACAAGAAAAUUGGUGAGAUAAGAGAAGACAUGAGGUCUUACCUAGCUCCUCUGCCUGUCAGUCAGACAAGUGCAGAGGACUACAGGAAUGAGGUUCAAAGAUGGAGCUCGCCGAUCUUCGACCAGACCCAGAUUGUCGGAUUGGAAGAAGAUGCAAUGAAGAUCAAAGGGUGGCUAUUUCAAGCAAACGAUGGGUUGAAUGCCAUUGCAUUUCAAGCAAAUGAUGGGUUGAAUGCCAUUGUAUGUCAAGCAAAUGUUGGGUUGAAUGCCAUCGGUAUCGUUGGCAUGGGCGGUCUGGGUAAAACUACCACUGCUCAAAAGGUAUUCAACGAUCGGGAGGUGGAAGAUCACUUCGAUAGGAGAAUGUGGGUGUCUGUUUCUCAAACAUUCAGCGAAGAAGAGAUCAUGAGAAGUAUGUUGAAGAACUUGGGCGACGCUAGUCUGGGAGACAGUCGAGGUGAAUUAUUGAAUAAGAUUCACCAAUAUCUAUUGGGAAAGCGGUAUUUGAUAGUCAUGGAUGAUGUUUGGAGCUUAGAAAAUGGCUGGUGGGCACGGCUAUGCGAUGGGUUGCCUAAAGGAAAUGGGAGUGGCAUCAUCAUCACUACAAGAAUUGAAGAAGUCGCACGGAAGAUGGGAGUCGUCAAAGGUCGAAUCCAUCAACCCAGUUUGCUCUCCAAGGAGCUAAGUUGGUUGCUGUUUUCCAAGAUAGCAUUUGCUGGAAGCCAAGGCGAGUGUCAAUAUCCAGAAUUGGAAGAUGUCGGGAAGGAAAUGGUCGAGAAAUGUGGAGGGCUUCCACUAGCAAUCAAGGCAGUUGGAGGGAUAAUGUUGUGUAAAUCCCCUUCUUUCGAUGAAUGGAGACGAAUUGCAGAUAAUUUCCGUGAUGAAUUGGCAGAGAACGAUGAUUCGGUUAUGGCUUCUUUGCAGCUGAGCUACGAUGAACUCCCAGCUCAUCUCAAGUCAUGUUUCUUGUCUUUCUCCAUCUAUCCAGAAGAUUGUGUGAUAUUGAAGGAGCAGUUGGUUCAUUGGUGGAUUGGAGAGGGUUUUGUUCCCACAAGAAAUGGCCGUUUAACAAUCGAGUUGGGAGAAGCUUGUUUCUUGGGGCUGAGGAACCGAUGCUUGGUGGAAGCAGCCGACAAGAGCUACCAUGGGAAAGUUCUCACCUGCAAAAUUCAUGAUUUGGUGCGUGAUUUGGUGAUUAAGAUUGCGAAGGAAGAGGGGUUUUGUCAGUUAAACAGUGCUCGUUCCCGUCGUCUGGGUCUCCGAAGCGACAUCAAUGGGAGGCUCUUGCAAACCAAUUCUAAGCUACGGGCAUUGUUGUCGACGACGAAAACAGGUGAAGCUAACAAGGUCAGUUCGAGCGCUGCAAGAAGGUUCCGCGAAAUUCAAUACCUGAGGGUGUUGGAUCUUUCAAAAUCGAUAUUCGAUACACACCUUAAAGAUAUCUUCAGUCAGAUGGGAUCCCUCAAACUCUUAACAUAUCUCAGCCUGCAGAACACCCACCCAAUGAUUGAAGUCCCUCACUCCAUCGGAAAGCUCAGCAACCUUCAGGUGUUGGAUCUAAGCUAUUGCCACAAUCUCAAAACACUUCCUACAUAUAUCACAACAUUGGAGAAGCUAACCAUCUUAGAUGUGAGCAAUUGUGGCUCGCUUGAAUACAUGCCUGAAGGUUUGGGAAAGCUUUCCAAUCUUCAGGUGUUGCUGGGCUUCAAACCUUCGGGACCAAGCUGUUCAGAUGGUUGCCGGGUUGCAGAGCUGAAGAGACUCACUCAACUCAAGACCCUUGAGAUGCGAAUAACACGUGGCAAUGAAAUCGCAUAUGAUGAGCUGGGUGUAUUAUCGCACCUCCAACAACUGCAAUUUCUAACCAUAGAUUGCUUCGACAGUCAUGGGAGUGAUCUUGCAGGGAAGCUGGAUAAACUCUCUUUUCCUCAACAGCUUCAUGAGCUCUCUAUUAAAUUCUUUCCAGGAGAGCUAACGCCUGCUUGGCUCAACCCCAUCUCCCAUCCCAGGUUACAGUAUCUUUCUAUUUCUUCGGCGAAUUUCUCUCACAUGAAUCCAAGGUUUUGGGGUACAGAUACUAGUGUUUGGAAGCUGCAGGGCCUGAUGUUGGAAUCGCUAUCAGACUUGGAAGAGGAGUGGUCGAAGGUGCAUCAGGCAAUGCCAUCCCUCAGAAUCAUGAGUGUUAGCUGGUGUCCGAAGUUGGAGUCAUUCCCCGUCGAAGACUUCGGUUUUAAAGGGGGUGUAUGGAGAAGGGAAGAAGAAAGGCGGUAGAAGAAAUGAGAGUGGCUACUCUUCUCUCUACCAACAUAAAACUACCAUAUUAAUGUGUUGAUUGCUAUUUCCUUGCCGUCCAUUUCUUUUCGUUAAUGUGUUGAUUGCUAUUUCCUCACCAUCCAUUCCUUUUCAGCAUUUGAUUUUCACCAUUUAAGUUUUUAUCACUAUAAAGAUUCAUAUCGUAUUAUUAUUUUGAUUCUCCUCUUGUAUUCUUCCUCAAGGAUUGUAUUAUUGUUGUAAUUGUCCUCUUGUAUUCUUCCUCAAGGAUUGUAUUAUUGUUGUAAUCGUCUCCUCUUUUAUUCUUCUUCAAGGAAGCAUUUUUAGAGAAUGGAAAUGAUCAAAAUCUGUUUUUCUUUUUA